AUGACGUCCAAAACGCCUUUCACAGUCACCUACAAGAAGCCUGGGACUUCACCUCCCAUCUUUAUUGCGGGCUCCUUCUCCGACCCCCCAUGGGAACUUCACGAAAUGGAUUGUACUACUAACCAAGAUGGAGAGCAUACUUUCCAAUCCAAACUCAUGCUCGAACCUGACCAGGAUUACCAAUUUAAGCUUCGCAUAGGACAUGAUAACUGGUGGGUCCUUGCCGAAAACUAUCCCACUGCAACCGAUGACUCCGGCAACGAGAACAAUGUUGUACGCGUACCCCACAAACCGGCAGAAGAGCAAGUCGCUCCAGCUGGAGCUGACACGCCGGAGAUCAAAUUAAACCCUGCUACACAAUCGAACUCGAUUUCCACGGAAACACAGAAUGUCAACGAGAACACCGAGGAGACCAAGGCGCCGUUAUUGGUACACCAAUCAUUAAGUGACACUGUCGAAGAAGACACCGUGGAUAACAAUGCACCAUUAUUGGCGCAUGAGUCCCUAGGCAACGAUUCCGAUGAAGAAAGCGGCGAGAACGACAAUGCACCACUGUUCGCACACGAGUCGUUGGGUAACGACACGAAAGAAGAUGACACAGAUGAUUUCAAGGCACCUCUUUUUGCGCAUGAGUCCCUUGGAGACGAUGCCAAAGAGGACACUGAAGAGAUGAAGACACCUCUGUUUGCACAUGAGUGCUUGGGUGCUUAUGAUAUCGAGGAAGAAGCUGAACACGACGUAGCCCCAAUUGUAGGCAGCAGCCCGAGGCAAAAUGGGAAUGCCCAAUCGAAGCACGACAAGGUGGCCAAUAUCGACGUUAACGACCCUACUCUCGAAAGCUUUCCCUCUGAACGGGGUUCGAUCCUCGAUGCCAUUCGGACCAUUCAAACCCAUCUUGGAGAAGACCAGACUCACCUCGAUGACAUCCCCUUAUCCCCUCGUGUGGUGUCGUCUAGAAGAACUAGCCUGGAUUCUAAUGAUGACUUGUGCUUAUCGCCUGCGAAUUUGAGCCCUACAGUUACUAGGAGACGAGACAGCAGACCUUCUCACAGUUUCGGAAGAACACGAUCGGCAGUAUCUCUAGGUUCAAUAGAAGAGGAACCCAAGCCCUCCGCCAGCAAACGAUCGCGGGGACCUCCCAUUGUGUCUCUGCCGAAUCCCAACUCCAGAGGAAAGAUUGUUGGCCAGAAGUCACCCCCUAGCGAGGAAGACGAAGCUGUUGUAAUGAAGACCUCUGAGGUAAAGCCCAGUGCGAAAACCGAUAACGAGUCACCAUCUCAAGUUGAAAGUUGUGAGGCCCAGGCAACCCACCAAGACAAGGCCCCCAGUGCCGCCACGACCGAAAAGCCCUCUGAGGCUGCAGAGUCCCAGACGAUCGAUGACCAAGCCGAUGACGCUCCCUCACUUGACAAACCAAUGGAAGAGGAAACUCUUGCUAGAUCUGACUUAGACUCUGUCUCCUCUCAAAAGGAAAUUCGAUCUGUCCCGGAUUCGAACAACGAAAGAAAGACAAAAAAGACAGCAACUGCGGCUGCGGGGGAUUCAUCUGGAGGUCCUCCUCGUGGGAGUCUAGUACCCAUGAUCAUCACAACGGGAGCCCUCGCAGUCGCUAUCGGGAUAGGAUGGUGGCAGGCUGCUACUGACCACUAG